GUUGAUGCAUCCUUCUUUGCUCUUCUCUUCUGCAUCCCCUCUCCCCUGGCUGCUGCCUUCCUCCAGCAGCUUCUCUUCCACCAUGCACCAUUCUCCAAGACCGCCUACACCCUCCCCCUCCACAGCAGCUCAAAUCCUUGGGCACAGCCAUACCCAGUCCUCAUUCAACUCCCUACCCGUUCAAAGCUCUGUCUCUUCGCCUCAACAGAUCACCAUGAAUUCCAACAACUGAAAGCUCCAAUGAAUUGAACCAUGCCUCUUCUACUUGGGGUUUCAUCCUGGCACAGAGGUGCCAGCUCUCCCUCCCGUUCACCCUUGGUAGUGGUUCUUCAUCAAACCUCAAGAUGGAGCUGCAAAGGAGUUCACGGUCAACGGCUAAGACGGUCCGGACAACUACUGCAAGGAUCCCCCCUUCAGAAACGAGUCGAUGAGCGGCAUCGGUGUCCGUCUUUCUUGCUGCAGAGGCAGCAAAUACCACAACAACGGACACUGUGAGGACACUGUGAGGUUCCAGUUCAACAUGCAAGCAAAACACACAGUCCUCAUACUCACAACAGCCCUGGGGCACAAAUUCGUCCUUAACUCCUCUUGCAGUCAGCUUUACUGGGUGGAAACUCUGUCCUCAUCGGAAGAGUACAAGCGUUUUAGAAUCGACCAUGAAACGGAAUUUGAGCCGUACAUACCUCCAGGCAGGGAACUCGAGUGGACAGAUUGGUGGGAACGCUCCAUAGUGGAAGACGUCGAGGAGUUGACCAAGACCCACUUGGACACAAACGGCGGUAUUGGCUCCAUCCUUAAGCUUCCGGCUUCUCGGUUUGACGGCCAUUGCUUCGCAUCAAUUGCAGUUCAGGUUGGGAGCUACGAUGCGAGCCCGGGACGAGGCCGUCCAGUGCUCACCGCCCCAUCUUCAAGUUCUCGUUCCUCUCCUAGCUGUGCCCUCGACAUCUACAUCAUGAUACAGCCUGGCCAACCCCCCGGUUUCAACUCCCACCGCGCCAACGCCCGCGCUCUCGCCCACGCCCCAGCCCCAGCCCCAACCCCAACCCCAGCCUCACAAAUGUCUGGAUUUUGAAGAACAGAGGUUCUUCCCGGGCUUGGAAGUGGGCGCUUGGUUUCCCACGCGGCUGCCUGUCGGCUUUGGCAAACGGAGCUUGAGAACAUCCCAGGCUGGAACUGCAGGCAAUGGACUCUGAGUCCUCCAUCCACAAAUGGGUCUCGGAAGAACAGAGGCUCUUCCUUUCACACACCUCCGCGGGCUCGUCAUUCUAUCAGGCCGUGGGGGAGAGCCCAAGCCGGAUAAACAACGUGUUCCCCCUUCCGCUCAGCCUGCCACGGGAUUGGGGGUGCGCGCCAUUCGCCAAGAAGACUGCCGUGGCCACUGGCCGCGCUGCUGCCAACAAGAAAGCGCAGUCUACUGGUGGUGCUGGUCCCGGUGAGAACCCCCAACCUACUGGCACUCCAAGCGCUUUUGCGACGGCGAGGCAGCUAAGUCUUGCGGCAGCGAUGGGCGCAGGUCCUGUGGCGGCGGAGUCCUUGAGUCAACCCACUACCGGCGGCCUGGCCCAGAACUCGAAGCGAGACCAUGAGCAGGCAUUCCCUCCCCGCGAGCCGAAGAGGCCUACAGACAGACAACCGAGGUCAGAACUUCCCUCACCCAGCAGCUCAAUGAGUCUCGUGCUGCGUGCGAUGAGGCAAAUCAUCCUCCAUCCUCACUCGGCUCACCCUCUGCCACCUUCGGGGAAGAAUGCCGACAUCUCAUUCCCCCGCGAGACCUCUUCAUCCGACGCCAGGAACCUGGUUUGGCCUGGUAACUCCAGGCAUCCCCAGGUGCCGCGUGCCAUCGACCAACCGCCUUGACCACCUGGGCCCUUGGGCGGCCGACAUUUGGCUUCAGAGGAAGCCAUCGCGCAAGCUACCCCGUCCUCCGAGGCUGCCCUGCCCUCUGUCGGCUGCCGCGGGCUUUCCGCGACCUCCGCAUCAGGGCCAGCGGACUGAAAAGCUCCUUGCAUGUGGUUGAUCCUUCGCUUCAUCUACCUGUCACGGAGGACACCUCCAACGAAGCCAACAGUGGGCGCACAUCCCCGCAGUCAGACGCAAGCAUUGGGGAGAGCACCCCAGCCGGCUCCAGGGUUUGGGGGAGGGGCAGUUCGGUACUGCCAUUGUUCAGAGGAACGGGAGUCAUCAUAUCGACUUUCUGCAGAUGAAUGGAGGACCAUAGAUUAGUCGGCCACUGGGCACCCCCAUAGCUUGAAUGACCACAUGAGCACACUGCCACUUGA